AUGGUGCUCUUCAAACGCAAGCCAGUGAAGUUCGACCCCCCGCCGAAAAACGUCGCCGAACACGAUGAGGUCUGGGUCAUCGAGAAAACGGGAGAGGUCUACAACGACUAUGAGAAGUAUCUCAGGCGGUGCGACUUCUACGCUCAGAAACUCUUUACCUGCGAGUCGACCGGGCAUUCAGGCUACACCUUCUUCGAAGCCAUGGAGAGCCAGGUGAGCUCCGAGCCAGUCUGGGAGGGCAUCAAGGUAACGGAAACGCAGACGGAAGCUUCAAGGGAGAUUGACAGCAUCUUUCCUGAUGCUUUGAGGUCUCGUGUCCUCCACUUUGUCCAGUUCUUGACUACUCCACGCAUGGACGACUUGGUCAACCUUGUGUUUGAUCAUUUUAAGGAACAUUACCUUGUCGGUGAUAGGGUUUCCAUCGAGGUUGAAGGCCCUAUCGCCCGCCGCUACGGCGUGAUCACAGACAUCAGUGACAGUAGCCAGCUGCAUCAAAACGCCUUCACACGGUCACCAGAUGAGCAAUAUCGGUCCUACACCUACGUCGUUACCAUGGACGACAACAACGAGCCCAUUACCAAAUACAGGGCUGCGGACAUGCAGAGGGACAGGAAGUACUACUCGAAAUUGAUCUUGAAGCAAUUUCUUCGCAGCACGGUUUCGAGAGAGUCGUGGAUUGGUGCACCCUGGAUGGCCAAGGAGCAUCUGUCGAAACGCUACAAGAUCCCCACCAAAAUCCCUGACAACAAGACACGAGACGCAGUAAUGGCGCAAAAGAAGCUGAUCAAUGGCUCUCAGCAAAACGGGGGCAGUCCGCCUAUUCAACAGACCUACUCGCAUCAGUUGGCAAACGGACACUCGCCCCAUAUCAAUGGACAUCCAUCUCAAACAUCUGCUCAAGGACCACACGCGUUCGUCAACUUUGCGACAAACCCUCCUCACGUACAACAUCCGUCUCACCUCAUGCACCCACACCCCCAAGGCUUUCCACAACAGAUGGUAGGAGGUCCCCCUCAAUUUGUGCAUCCAGGACCCCCUCAUCACCUCCCACAAGGGGUUCCCCUCAACAUGCCACAAAAUGCCUUACCACCCAAUCUCGCGCACAUCAUGCACCAUCCUCCUGGUGCAUUGCCUGUCAAUCUUCCCUUCCAGAAUGGCUUCAUGCAAUACCAACAGUUUGCGCCACGCAACCCUCCGCAGCAACAACAACAACAACAACAGCAACAGCAACAACAACAACAACAGCAACAACAGCAACAGCAACAGUCACAACCGGCACUGUCGUCAAAGCCCUUCGAACCGAUCAAAUACCCUAUUGAAGACUUGGAAAUCUCUCAACCUCGCUUGAGUACCGUGCGACCGGCUCUGAAGUUCUUUUCUGACGAUGUACCCGAAGGCGUUGAGGCACCGCCAGAAGACCAACAGACUGGGAUUUUGAUGAAGAGCAUUGGUCCACUCCUCUGCGCUUGGGAGACACUCAACGUACACGAUACUAUUUACAUGCUCGACUCGUUUACGUUUGACGAUUUCGCGGAUGCCAUGCGAUACACUUCGGAAGAGCAAGACUGCGAGCUAUUUGUAGAAGUCCAUUGUUCUGUGCUCAAGCAAAUUGUCAACGAAAAUGGCAAGCUUCAGGCUCCUCUGCCGCACAUGACUGAGUUAGAUGAGUCAGAUGAAGAGGCUUCAAGCAGAGACUCUACACCAGCGCCAGAGCCAGAGCCACCAAAACGAACCACCCGCAGCAGUUUGAGAAAAUCAGAGGUGCAACAAAUCAUCGAAAAGCCUCGAACUCCUACACCUGAGCCACCAAAGGAGCUCCACAAGGCUGCUGAGUUCUUGGCUGACUUUGACUGGAUCGAGCAGUUGAAAACUCGAAAUUUCCAGAAUGGAGGUUGGCAAUCGAUUUUUGUUGCCCUUCUAUACCGCCUGUCUUUUGAUCCAAUCCAGAAGGACACUUGCGACGAGGUCCUUACCGCUCUUGUGCCAGGCGACCAGGAGCCCACUAUGGAGAACAUCGCGGAGAAUUACCGUAAUUUAGAUGUCAACUUGCGCGUCUCGGCACUAGAUCAAGCUCUGCGCUUGACUGUCACCACCGAGGCUUUCCGAGAUCAGUUGAACGCAGCUUCCCUAGAGAUGACUCGACUACGCAAGGAGAAGAUUGAGUUUCAAAGGAAGCGCAAGGAACUGGCCGAUGAGCUGUUUAAGCUGGAUCUCGAACGUAAGAUCAAGCUGCCUGAGAAUACACCAGCAUCGCCUUCAGAUAUGAAAGAGAACGAAGACGUGUCGAUGGUCAGCGUACCGGAGUCUGUCACUGAAAUCGCAGAAGGAGACGUCAAUGAGUCUGAAGAUGCAUCCGCAGCGAAGAGUAGAACUCGCACCAAGAACAAGCGCAAGGCGGCCGUCGAAGAGGCCCGAAAGGAGAAGGCUAAGAAGGCAAAGAUCGAAGCCGAGAAAAACAAAAGACAGAAAGAAUGGGAGAAGUUGUUGAAGGCCCUCGACGAGAAGAAAGAGGAACUGAAGGAGUGCGAGGCAAAUAUCAACGAGCUGGACGACGACCUCCGCGAGACUCUUGUCCAUCGCAGCAAAGUGCUGGGUAAGGAUCGGUUCCUGAACAAGUACUACUGGUUUGAACACAACGGAAUGCCCUUUGGUGGUGUUCCUAACAGUUCCACCGCUCAGUACGGAUAUGCCAACGGACGUAUUUGGGUUCAGGGGCCAGAUGCGGAGGAGCUUCAGCCCUGUCUGGAGGAGCCCGCUCUGUCGCAAGACAUGCAACGGUUCAAGUUCACCAUCCCACAACGGAAAGAGAAGGAAGAAGGAUCGACACAUCUUACUACUUCCAAGGACUGGGCCUACUACGACGACCCCGAGGACAUUGAUAAGCUGAUUGUCUGGCUGGAUGAGCGAGGCCACCGUGAGAAGCAACUUCGUAAGGAAUUGCAAAUCUUCCGUGACCGGAUCGCGGAAUACAUGGAGAAGAUGAAGAGGCAUCUUACGAGAGCGGAGAGAGCAGAAGGGGACGACGACGACGAAGACAGCAAGCCCCGAAUCUCGACGCGCGGUAAAGCGUAUGCGGAGAAGGAGGAAGCGAAGGAGCGCUGCCUCCUCUGGACAAACAGCAUUAUGCUUGAUGAGUACGGCUACACCCACUCCACUGAGUACGAGCCGCCCAAGAAGGGCAAGGCGAGGGUGGUCAAGACAACAAAGGGGAAGAGCAGGCGUUGA